AUGUUGAAGGAACAAAUGAAGAACUACAUACCUCAAGAAGAUGGAAGUGAUACUGUAUAUCCUUAUAUGAUUGUGAUGAAUAAAGAGAUUGAUGGAUAUCGUCGACUUUAUGGUAGAGGCGUUACUAAUAAAUUUAUAAAAAAAAAAGUAGGCGGUGGUGAUACAUCAUACAUGAUUCCAGCGGGACUUAUGGAGUCAUUCAAAACAAAUGAAGUUGAAAGAAAUCAGUUGGUUGAAAUGCAAAAAGAGAUUCAAGAGGACCAUGGAAAAAAAAUACAGGCUAAAUUAGAAGCUAUGCGAUUAGAUAUUAACAACCAACGAGAAAACUUUGAUGCCAUGAUGCAAAAGUUUGUUAAACAACCUCUAGAAUGGCGAUAG